CUGAGAUCCUUGCCCUGCGCUGCGUUCACACAGCGGUGACUCCGCGUACCGCUAGCUGCGCCAAGAUGAGCGUAGUCGAACCGGUACCAUCUGCACGUCUCUGCUCCGCCUGACUGACCCAGAGACUCGCAGCCCAUCUCCCCUGUCCCACACUGCAGCGGCAGCCCUCUCUCUCGGCAUCUCUCCGUCACACUUUCCUCUCCGCUCGCCGCAUCCUUUCAUUCCUCUCGGCCAAGACAAGGAUCGAGGAGCGAGGCUUUUUGGAAAUACGUUUUGCAUUUAUUUCUUCUGGGUGUUGGGUGCGCGCACUCAGCGCGCCUCUAAAUAGCAGAGAAUGGUGGAUUUGGCGAACAUGGAGACCGUGGAGAAGGAAUGCGGGGCCCUUGGGGGUCUGUUCCAGGCGAUUGUCAACGACAUGAAGUGCUCCUAUCCUGUAUGGGAGGACUUCAGCGCCAAGGCCACCAAGCUGCACUCACAACUCCGAACCACUGUCUUAGCUGCUGUGGCCUUCCUGGAUGCCUUUCAGAAAGUGGCAGACAUGGCAACCAACACUCGAGGGGCGACCAGAGAUAUUGGUUCAGCUCUGACCAGGAUGUGCAUGAGGCAUCGCAGCAUUGAGGCCAAACUUCGACAAUUCACAAAUGCUCUGAUGGAGAGCCUGAUCACGCCUCUUCAGGAUAAGAUUGAGGACUGGAAGAAGACUGCAAACCAGCUGGACAAGGAUCAUGCCAAAGAGUACAAGAGGUCACGCCAUGAGAUCAAAAAGAAGUCAUCUGACACCAUGAAGCUGCAGAAGAAGGCGCGUAAAGGUCGUGGAGACCUGCAGCCUCAGCUGGACAGUGCCAUGCAGGACGUGACGGACAUGUGCCUGCUGAUGGAGGAGACAGAGAAGCAGGCAGUGAGGAGGGCCCUGGUGGAGGAGAGGGGCCGAUUCUGCACCUUCAUCGGCUUUCUGCAGCCUGUGGUGAAUGGAGAGAUUGCCAUGUUAGGAGAGAUCACACACCUCCAGGCCAUUAUUGAUGAUCUCACUGUGUUGACCACUGACCCUCACAAGCUGCCUCCUGCUAGUGAACAGGUGAUUAAAGAUCUGAAGGGCUCUGACUACACCUGGUCCUAUCAGACUCCACCCUCCUCUCCCAGUAGCUCUGGCUCUCGCAAGAGCAGCAUGUGCAGCAGCGUCAACAGUGCCCACAGUAGUGCCUCCCGUUCAUCAGGAGGGGGCAGUAUUGCAGGGGGCUCUCUGCCUCACUCACCGACCUCUUCCUCCUCCUCCUCUUCGGUCCGGUACCGCAGCAGCCUGCCACACCAGCCUCCUCCAGCGGGGGGGCUUGCAGCACAUCGCCUCAGCAGCGUCUCCUCGCACGACUCGGGGUUUGUGUCCCAGGACGCCAACAUCUACUCCAAACCGCCCUCGCCAAUGCCCUCGGACAUCACCAGCCAGAAAUCCUCCAGUUCAGCUUCUUCCGAGGCCUCCGAGACGUGCCAGUCAGUCAGUGAAUGCAGCUCGCCCACAACUGACUGGUCAAAAGCAGGCCAGUAUGAGCAGCCAGUGGCGGCGGCUGCGGCGGUCCAGCGGAGGAAGGAGCCAGUGGACAGGCUGAGGGAGAGCGAAGGGUCCCCCAGCGCACAGGGCUACGCGGGGCCAUCCCACCCUGAUGAUGCACAGAGGGCCCGGAUGGGGGCUGUUGCUAUGGCGGGCAAGCAUGGAGACGAGGUAUCACCUGCGGCUAGUGACCUGGCCAUGGUGCUGACCAGAGGGCUGAGCAUGGAGCAGAAGAGCAACAGAGACUCACUGCAGUACUCCAGUGGAUACAGCACUGAGACCACCACCCCUUCCUGUUCGGAAGACACCAUCCCCUCACAAGGCUCAGAUUAUGACUGCUACUCUGUGAAUGGAGAUACUGAGGGUGCAGAUGGACAGACGGAGUUUGAUAAGUCCUCUACAAUUCCACGCCAUUCCAACAUCGCUCAGAACUAUCGGCGGAUGAUCCAGACCAAGAGGCCCGCCAGCACUGCCGGCCUGCCCAGUGGAGUGCUGGGUCCUGGGGUUCACGGGAUACCGGGGCAGCCUGGUGGAGCUGGCGGAGGAGGAGCUGGAACUCCUGGCACAGCCACUAUCCGCCGGACUCCAUCCACUAAACCUGGUGUUAGACGCACGCUGUCCAGCGCAGGUCCCAUCCCCAUCCGACCACCCAUUGUGCCUGUGAAAACUCCCACUGUGCCCGGGGACUCGCACUCGCCCGGAGCCAGUGGGGGACAUGCCGGAGUCCCUGUACGCACAGGGAGUGAGGAGUGUGUGUUCUUUGCUGGAGUGGAGGACUCACAGGGAGUGCUGGAUUAUGUGAAGGCAUCACCCAAGCGCCUCAGCCUGCCCAACACGGCCUGGGGGUCAGGGGCCGCUCUGGAGGUCUACGCCCAACAGCAUGGCCUGGCUAUGGGCACGGCUUCAGGGUCAGAGGAGGAACAGAUGAUUGCUGCCAAUCGACACAGUCUGGUGGAGAAGAUCGGUGAACUGGUGGCCAGCGCACACGCCCUCGGAGAAGGCCAGUUUCCUUUCCCCACACUUCCUGAUGAUCCGGCCACACCACCAUCUGGCUCUAGUGAGGCUCAGACAGGAACAGAGGGGGCAGAGGGGACUGGGGACAUGCUAACCACCAUCAGGAGAGGAGUUCGCCUCCGCAAGACUGUGUCCAAUGACCGCUCAGCACCUCGCAUCUUGUGAUGAAAAACACAGGAAGUCAAGAUGUUUGUUUGUCAGCCAGUGUAGUCAGGUGCAACUGCAUAGAGAUACACAAAAUUAACCAUGUAGGGAAUACUUCAACAGAAGACGAAUGAAAACAAAAACAUACAAGUGUUUAAAACCAUCUUUAGAGUAUAAUAUAUGAAAUAUAAUAAUGAUAAAACAUAAUAAACAUUAACAUGCUGAGAAUUCAAGUAAAAUAUUGAAUGGCUUUAGUGGGCCACCAUGACUAGUGUGUGUCGGACGCAUGUGUGUCUUCAGUACAUCCUCACCCAGGGAUGGAGGAACCUGCAGGACAAACUGUGACGAAGAGGAGUGCUUCUGGAGAGAAAGACUGGGUUCCACUUUCUAGUUAUCUCAGUUGUGCUCUCCACUAACCGCUGGUCUAGUGCCACAUGAAGAGACUGAUGAAGAGGAGGAGAGAGGUGCCAUGUGACUGCGGGAUCUGAACAGGGCAACGCACUGUACCUACGGCCCACUAGAACUCAAGCUUAGGCAUUAGCAUGGGGAGCUAACAGCCACCAUUACUACACGCUGUAGGCAUUGAACCGUGCUAGUGCCCCUUCCCCUCUCUCUCUCUCUCUGUGCGGGCGUGCGUGUAUCAGAUAAACAGUGUGAGUGUGGAGCGAGUGAGGGGUGGGUCGAGCUCUGCUGCGGGACAGCUACAGGUCACCCAUUGAGGGCAGGGCUUUACUUCUGUGUGUCGUGUGCGUAUUUGCUUGUUUCUAUCGUGACGUCCUUACCUUGUUACCACUGUAGUAAUCCAGGCGUAUAGAUAUUCAUAAUUAUAUAUUUUCUAGAGAGACAAUGUUAAUCAGAAAUGGAGCAAUAAAUGUGAUUUAUUUUCUUGUUUUGAAGGAUCGGAGGGGACUGUAUAGGUUCUCUUUUGCCACAUCAGGAAUGCUAAAUUAAUUAACUGUGAAUUCAUGCUUAUAGCCAGUUUUGCAACAUCUCUUUUUCAGUUUUUCUAUCUGGGGGAGCCAUAUUGAGUUAACACAGUAAGCACUUUGGUAGGUGAUGGUAGAGUACUUAUGAUAGCCACUAGAUGUCGCUGUAGUCAUAGUGUUAAGCAGGAGGCGGAACUUGAGCGAGAUCAGGAUUGCCAAUAAUAAGUCUGUCCUUGACAAAACGAUUGAGGUGAUUAUUUAGUUUAUAGGAAAAGACAGGAGUGGUGACGAGGAAGUGAACAAGGAUGGGAGAAUUUGAUUGGUUAAAUGAGAGAUGGGAUAAGGAAGUAGAAUACAAAUUAAGAGUAAACAAAAUGGUAGCUGUGAUCACAAAAGACAUCGUAAUAUACUGUCAGUUUUACUUUGAGGAGAAUUUGUACCACAUAACCGCUGUACACACAUGCUGUACCAUAACUCCUAUUGCAUUAAAGGCGUUGUACCUGAUUUUUACUGUCUUGAAAACAUGAAAAACAAAACUAAUUCACUACUUAGUACAUUAUUACUAUUAUUACAGUUGGCCCUCACUUACUUUAUGCUUUCCGAGCAUUCUAAUGAUCCACCAUGAUAAAUAAAUAAGUGCAUUUCACAACUUUUAGAACAAACUUGCUCACAACAACUAGGAUGCUAACAGUAAACUUCCUGGUUCUCUUACAAAUGCUUUAAAAUGAGUUACAGAUAGUACACAGCAGGCUUAUUCUGACCUCAAGAGCUGCUUAUGUAAUAUAUCUGUACUGGGAUAAGACCAAUUUUGCUCAAUUACAUGGAAAAAAAUCAGGUACAGAGCCUUUAAAUGAUGUGUCUUUGGAGGCCUGGGUUGUCAAAGAGGUAUUAUGUUUUGAAUCAACACAAUUAUGGCUGCGUAGUUAAAGUGCGUUUUACAUUAUGCUGUAGUCAAAGGCGUUGUGAAUUUGCACCUUAAAUGAGGAUUCAGAUCCAGACAUUGGAACACACUCGGUAAUGAUUUUAAAUGCGCUAUUGAGAGUUGAGCAGCAAUUGUAGAAGGAGCAUUUCACUGCCCAUUGAUAAAAAUUGUAUGUGCUAUACAUACAAUUAUUGUAUCAGGCUAAUUUUUUAUGUUUAAAUCUUCUGUUAAAUGUAAAAAUGAAACUAAUUGUGAUACAUGGAUGUAUGAUGGACAUAGUGGUUGUGACACUUUCCUUUGAUAACCUGUAACCGGCAUUCUGUUAUAUUUUGUUAAUAUUUUAUUUAUUAUUUCACUUCAAAUAGAAUUUCUAAUUAAGGGAUUGUAUGCAAUUCUUACAAAAAUCCUAUUCCAAAAAAGUCUGGACAGUCAUAUUUAAUUUAAUAAACAAACACAGACAAAUCUAACCAAAAAAAAAGAAAGAAAGAUAAUAGUACACUGUAAAGACACAUUACCAUAGAAAAAAUAAAUAAACCACAUGUAAUAGUUUGGUGAUUUGGGUUAAAUGUCUUGCACAUGGAUACAGAAACAAUGUACAAUGCUGGUAGAGAUCAAACAGCAGUGGUCAUUGUCUUAAAACACAAUCUGCUUCGAAAUAAUAAUUUGUUUUGAAAUACAUUUGCUGCCCUGCUUUUGGAAUUGGGUUUGUCCAGUUGCAUACACUGUCUAACCUCUGUAUGUGUCCAGAUGCAAAUGCUGUGUAAAAAUGAAUCUGAAACUGGCGAGAGGGUGGAAGGGGAAAGAGCAGACUGGGAUCACAAUUUCAAAAUAAGAGAAUUAAGAACGGACACUUAGGAACAAAAAAAAUAGCUGUACUGUAUUUGAGCAACUGUUGGCGAGAACUUUUGACUUUUGAAGUGUCUAAAAGUGUGUCAUUGCUGUGUAUGUUACGUUACCAUGGCUUUUGACUCAGUUUGAUGUUAAAUGGAAAUAGCAGCAUUCUUAUUUAUAGGUAUUCAAAUUUCAAUUAAUUUAUUUAGAGUUCGACAGCGACUUAUCCAUUGUCAGUUUUAUGUAGAGCAAAAAAAGCUGGAAAAUACAGUUUGAAUGAAGUGUCCUCCGGCGAAGUACUCAUUUUAUUUGUGUAGUUUUUAACAUGUUGCCAGGGACAUCCACCCACAGCUCCCUGUCCACUGCCUUAUGUUUAAAUAUUUAUUCAUUGUAGCGUAACUCAGAAAAAGCCUCGUAGGGAUAAAAUUGGACAGGAAGUAGUGACGCUAACAGUGAGGUUGCUUGGCGCUGUUCUACACAGAGCCAAUACAAUGUCUAUUUGAGAAAAAACAACAAAAAAAACUGUGUACUACUAACUAACUGAUCAACUGCAGCUUAUUCUGCAGCUCUGGUUCUAAGUAUGUACCUGUGUUUGGGGUAGAAUUAGACUUACCAAUAUACAACAAUGGAAAAUAUGAACACAACAAUAAUACAAUAAUACAACAAUAAGAUCAUUUCUAUAGAGGCUAUCAAAGUGCCCAGUUUACCAUGCGUGCAGGCAUGCAUGCUGACACAUACAUGCACAAAAGUGACUGCUUCUAGAGUCCAUGAGUAACUAUAACUAUACAAACAAAUAUCUCUAAAUCUGUAUGACAAUUAUGUGAGGACUUUUAGGAUAGUUGGCAAACCAGCUCACAAAUUCUGUAAAAAUAGCUAAAUCGUCAUGUUUCUGAUUAAGAAUAUGGACACAUCUCAUACUGCAAACUAUUGUAUAUCAUGCAUCACCUGUAUUAUGUAUAUUUUAUCACCCCUUAUGCAUUUAUUCUGGGUUUAAACUCAUACAAACAGUCCAUUGGCUUGUGAUCACUUUGUAUGUGGUUGGAUUAUCUUGUACUUUCUGUUACAACUUCAGUUUUGUUAAAUCACG